UGUUGAAGGAUUACUUCCGGGCACACGGUCCACUCGCUAGCUCGUCGAAAUCAAAAUGUAUGAACUGGAUAUUUUUCCGCGCUUCAAGAUAAUGCAAUAAUUUAUGACGACUUCUGCUGUUUUAACUAUAGAUAUAUUUUUGUUGUUGUUUGGUCGUGUGCAUUUACUACUAUCCGGGUUGUUUCGUUAGCCAACUAGCUAGCUGGAAAACAAGAGUUGCGAUCUUCGUGAAAGACACUUUCUUACCGCUGGUUAAAGAAGAUGUCUGCGGAAGAGGCGGCAGACAAAACAACCCCGGCGGACGCGAGUGCGGGAGAUGGCGGAGACGAGGAAGAAGAGUGGCUCUACGGAGAUGAUGAUGAGAGAGCUGAUGAAGAAGAGGCCAAACUAUCUGCUGCUGUCAGUGCACCUAUUCCUGCUACUGAGUCAGAAGAGGCAGCUACUACAGGCAACGGAGUGGAAGCUCAGGAGAAGGAGCCAGGAGAUGAUGACGACAGCGAUAGCGAUAGCGACGAUGAUGACGAUGAUGUUCGUGUCACCAUCGGAGACAUCAAGACCGGAGCCCCACAGUACACAACGUAUGGAGUGGCUCCUGUUAACCUGAACAUAAAGACAGCGGGAGCCAGACCCUAUGGAACAGUAGGGAACAAGUUAAAGGGUGUGGAUCUGGAGGCCCCGGGAAACAUCAAUGGAGUCCCAGUAGUGGAGGUGGACAUGGAGACAUUCGAGGAGAAACCCUGGAGGAAACCAGGUGCUGACCUGUCUGACUACUUUAACUAUGGGUUCAACGAGGACACGUGGAAGGGCUACUGUGACAAACAGAAGAGGCUGAGGAUGGGCCUGGAGGUCGUCAACAUCUCCUCCACCACCAGUAAAAUCACUGUUCAGCAGGGCAGGACGGGGAAUGAGAAGGAAGUGAGUUUACCCAUCCACACGUCCAAACCUGACUUCCCCACUCCAGCCAGCCUCUACAAGACAUCCAUGAACAUGAACACUACCAGGAUCUCCCCCCCACAGUGGACUGCUCCCCCCGUCCAGGACAUGUCCUACUAUACGAAGACCAGUGGUACGAUCGACGUGAUUGGAGGAGGGACCGCUACCAUCAGCAGAGUGGAGGGACGACGAAGACACAACCUGGAGGGAAACAACAUCCAGGUGAUUUCGGAACACUCGUCGUCGGACGCUGAGCAAAACCCCAACAAGAUGCCCCCCUUCUUCCCACCCGGGCCCCUCCCCCCAAACAUCCCUCCUCCCCCAUUCCUCCCCCCUCCUCCCAACGUCAGCCAGGCUCCCCCUCUCAUCCCCCCACCAAGAAUACCUAUGAAUGUCCCUCCUCCUGGUUUCCCUCCUCCCAGCGGCCCCCCUCCCUCUCUCAUCCCCACCUUGGACAGCAGUGGGCAUCCAGGUGGAUAUGAUGUUCGUCCCGUUCCACCAUACCCCUUCCCCACAGGUGGUUUCCCUCCUCCUAUGACAGGUGGCUACCCUCCUCCUAUGCCAGGUGUGGUGUCUCCAUGGCCUCCUAUGAUGGACCAGUCUAAACAGUGGGACUACUACCCUCCAGGACCGGGACCGGGACCAGGACCAGGACCCAGACGGGAGGACAAGAGGGAGAAGGAGAGAGAGAGACCCAGGGAGAGACCACAUGAGAGGGAGAGAGAGCGAGAGCACAGCCCCUCCACUAUGGCUUACAACAGUGACGAGGAGCGGUACCGUGGUUACCGGGAGUACCAGGCGGAGCGAGGCUACAGCGGCGGUGACCGCGGAGGAGGUGACCGUGGAGGGGGGGAGCGUGGAGGCGUAGACCGUGGAGGUGACCGUGGAGGGGGGGAGCGUGGCGGUGACCGUGGGAGUGGUGGUGAGCGUGGUGGUGGAGGCGGGGAGCGUCACAGAGACAGGUCGAGCCGUGAGAAGGAGGAGAGACACAGAGAGAGAAGACACAGAGAGAAGGAGGAGGGGAGACACAAGUCAUCACGCAGUAGCAGCAGGAGGAGACAUGAUAGUGAAGAAGGAGACGGUCACAGGAGACACAAACACAAGAAGAGCAAGAGGAGUAAGGAGGGCAAGGAACCUAGUGAUGACAUGGGAGGAGACCAGGAGAACCAGGACACCAUGGAGUGAUGAAGAGAACACCCUCCUCUCCCUCUGUCCCUCUUCAUCUCUCUCUCUCUGUCUACAUGGGAGGAGACCAGGAGAACCAGGACACCAUGGAGUGAUGAAGAGAACACCCUCCUCUCCCUCUGUCCCUCUUCAUCUCUCUCUCUCUCUGUCUACAUGGGAGGAGACCAGGAGAACCAGGACACCAUGGAGUGAUGAAGAAUACACCCUCCUGUCCCUCUUCUCAUCUCUCUCCCUCUGUUUCCCUCUAUACGUCCCUCCUUCUUUCUCUCUCUCCUCUCUCCCUCAGAGCACUGUUGUAGUUGAUCAUGCUCAGAGAUCGUUGUUGUUUACCCGUUCCCUUCGUAGUCAUGACGAUCAUAAACAACCCUCAUCUUCUUCUGUCAUUUAUUUUCGUCCCUCUAUUUUCUUAACCAAACACCUCGCUGAAAGAUGUCAAUUUGUUGAAUUAAAAAACAAGCUUUUGAUAA